CAGGGCCCAUACUACGGUGCCAUCGCUCUCGCUCUCUCUCUCUCUCUCUCUCUCCAGACUCCACGACUCCACCGCUCCUCUGUCCUCUCCCCACCACCUCCUUGUAUCUCUCCUCCCCUUCUGGCCGACGAAACCCUACGCGCGCGCGCUGCCAAGCCCUCGCCGCCGACGCCUACUCCGACUCCGACGCCGCAGUAGUGAUGUACGCCGACAGGUCCUCGGGCAGGAAACGCUCUGUAAUGGACCGCCUCGGGUCGGGCGGCGGCUCGCGCUCGCGGUCCGACGACGCAAAAAGGUUUUGCCAGGAUGAUGGGACAUGGAGACGUGAGCUUUAUAAGGAUUCUAGAGGAACUCAGACUUCAUGUUGUUGCUUCUACUGUGUAUGUUUUAGCUGAACCUACUUCCAGAAAUCUGGAAUCGAACAAAAAAUCCCAAGUGCAGCAAAAGGUUGUGAAGAAAUUACCAGUUUCAGAUCUUCGUGGAAAGUUAUCUGGUGUCGCGAGCCAGCGCCCUCAACUUAGCAGUACUGUUCAGGUCCCAAAACCUGUAAAAGAGGUUAUUAAGAGCAACAAACCUGUUCAAAAGAGAGACCCCGCUCCAACUACUGCCCCUCCUGACAUCAAGAAACCCAGUGCACCUGCACCUGUACCAGCACCAUCUGCAUUACCAAAGCAAUCCCAGAACAAGAUUGAUGCUUCGCUUGACAGUUUACUGAAGUCUCUUGAUCUAGAGAAGUAUUUGAUAAAUUUCCAGGCUGAAGAGGCACGUUCGAUAUAUGUUGCAAUUUUGUAUUGUGGGUGUGACUGGGUCCCAGGAAAAAGAUACUAUCAGCAUUGGCUCACAGAAAGAACAAGUCUUCGAAGUCAUUGCCUACCAGUACCAGUUGAGGCAUCUUUAAGCUUGUGUGGUAGCUAGACAACUUGUUGAUCUUGGAUAUGUGCAAGUGCAUCAUCGACCUGCAGAGUUAACUCCACUGACGAGCAAGAUUCCUAUCCAUCAAGGCUGAUGCGGUGUAUAAGUAGAGAACUCCGUGAUGUUGGUAGUUGAAGGCAACCAACUGAUUGUUGAUGUCCCUCCUAUUCUGUGAUCUCCGGAAUAUUUGUUGAUCAUUGGGUGUUAAUUCAUGAUGAUGCCUUGGGGAUUGUUUCCCCUUGUCCGGCAAACCCAA